AUGUUUAUAAAAAUUUAUCAAUACUUGAAUAAACGUAGAAAGUUCAUAGCAACAGCAACAGGAUUAACUGGCGGUGUUUAUUUUCUUGGUAAAUUGAUAAAAUGGAAAUUCGAUGAAAUUAAAGAAAGAACCACCAUAGAGCGAACCGCAAGAGAAAAUAUGAGACGUCGUUUUCAACAAAGACAAAUUGAUUGUAUUGAUACGGUAUUUGCACAUUUACCAAGUAUAAAUGAGAGUUUGUUAACUGAAUUUGAUGUAGAAUCAAUUAUAUCAAAUUUACAAAGAGCAAAGAAUAGUAGCUCUACAUCAUCAAGUGGUUCAACAGCUAUAUCGACACCAACGAUGUCACCUGGUUCUUCUAUUGUGUUAAUUGAUAGGAAUGAUGGGAGUUCCUCUGAAUCUUCGAUGAAUGGAGGCGAAGAAGAUUCAAAUAGAUUUUUAUCCGCACCAAAUAUGAAUGGUCAUGAAAAUAAUUUAGAAAAAGAAGAACACAGUGAUUCUAAUGAUGGUAAUAGUGGUUUUGGUGAUCAUGAAUAUCAUGAUAGUAGUAGUAAUCCAAAUUUUUCUAGUAGUGAAGAGCCAGUCACAACAAAUGUUAUUAACGUUCAGCCAUCAUCAUCUCAAUUAAUUUUUGAUAGAAAAACAAAAAUUGAACUAUGGACUGAAGUAAAAAAUAAAAGUUUUAUACGUACUAUAGCUGCUAUUUAUCUAGAAACACUUUUUAUGCUCAUUAUUCAUAUAAAUUUAAAUCUAUUGGGAAGAUAUAAUUAUAUAUGUUCUGUUGUAUCUCUAGCAGAACGUGACACGGAACAAUUGAACAGAUUUUCUUCUGAAUCUAUAUUGAGUCCCAUAAUAAUAAAAAAGUAUUUGACUUUUAGUUGGUGGUUUCUAAAUAUUGGAUACAGGGAAAUUGUUGAACGUGUUAAAUCUUCUGUUGAAUCAGUAUUGUCCAAUAUAUCAUUGAAAGAUGAACUUUCAUACAAAGAUUUUGUAUGGAUUGUUACUGAAAUUAGAUCUCAUGUGGAAAGAAAUGAAAGCGAUAAUCAAAGCGCAUGGUAUACUAAUAUUAUGAUGCCCCAAAAUUUAGAAGAUGAAUUUAAAGUACUUGAUAAGGGUGGAGAUAAUGCAUUUGAAGUUAAAAUUGAACCUGAACUUAGAAAAUUGUUAGAUGAAACCAAAGAUUUUUUGGAUAGUCAAGAUUUUAAUAUAGUUCAAACAACUUGUUUGACUACAGCCUUUAAUUUGAUGCAGAAUCAUUUGUAUACAGAUUUUAUAGUUCAGGGUGGUGGAAGCCUUGAUGAACGAACGAAUUCCUAG